UCAUAAACUUUAAUAGAAGGAAGAGAAUACCAAAUUGGGUUUUGGAAUAUUUAACGAAGGAACAUAUGACUAAUUUAACUGCUGGAAGAUUUGAUUGGGGACCAGAUCCAAAUUUUUCGGAAAUAUUCCAGCCAAAAUAUAAUGAUUAUGAGUGUCAUCCGAAUUCUAUAUAUAAUCAUGGCCAUCUAGCAACGGGAAAUUUACAUCCACACGAGCAAGGCUUUUACCUUACAAAUUCAGUGCCACAAUACAAGGAGGUUAACAGUGGACAUUGGAGGGUUAUCGAAGAAUACAUUAGGUAA